AUGGAACAAAGGAAAAAUCCGGAGUUAAGGGGCUUACCUACGGUUGUGGUACAGUAUAACUCAUGGCAAGGUGGGGGCUUGAUUGCUGUCAGCUAUGAGGCCCGGAAAUAUGGUGUGAAGCGUUCAAUGCGAGGUGCUGAGUCAAAGCAAGUCUGCCCACAAAUUCAGCUGGUCCAAGUCCCAGUAGCACGUGGUAAAGCUGACCUGAACUCAUACCGGAAUGCAGGUUCAGCGGUGGUUUCUAUUCUAUCAAGGAAGGGUCGAUGUGAGAGGGCUUCAAUUGACGAAGUGUAUCUUGACCUUACCGAUGCAGCAGAAACCAUGUUAGCUGAAGCUCCUCCAGAAAGCUUGGAAGAAAUUGAGGAGGAAGCUCUCAAGUCACAUGUUUUGGGGCUCGAUAAUGAGGACGGAAGUGAAGCCAAAGAAAAUGUGAGGAAAUGGCUUUGCAAAAGCAAUGCUGAUCGUCGUGAUAAGCUAUUAGCUUGUGGGGCUCUCAUUGUUGCAGAACUUAGGUUGCUAGUGUUGAAGGAGACAGAAUUUACUUGUUCAGCUGGCAUUGCUCAUAACAAGAUGCUGGCCAAACUUGCAAGUGGUAUGAAUAAACCUGCACAACAGACUGUUGUGCCGUUAUCAUCUGUGAAAGGAUUGCUAGAGUCCUUGCCAAUUAAGAAAAUGAAACAGCUUGGAGGAAAGCUGGGGAGUUCCUUACAAACUGACCUGGGUGUUAACACUGUCGGAGAUUUAUUGCAGUUUUCAGAGGAAAAGCUACAGCAACGCUACGGAAUUAAUACUGGUACCUGGUUAUGGAACAUUGCAAGGGGGAUAAGUGGGGAAGAAGUUGAGGGGCGCCUUCUUCCGAAAAGCCAUGGUUCUGGGAAGACAUUUCCUGGACCUCAGGCUUUGAAGACGAUUUCUUCUGUUCAACACUGGCUUAAUGAACUUUGUGAAGAUUUGAGUGAACGUCUUCACUUGGACUUGGAAGAAAACAAACGUAUCGCUCAUACACUAGUGCUGCAUGGCAACGCAUACAAGGCCAGUGAUUCAGAUUCACAGAAGAAGUUCCCUUCUAAAUCUUGUCCCCUUAGGUAUGGGGCUGCCAAGAUACAAGAAGAUGUUCUUAAUCUUUUUCAAGCUGCAUUACGUGAAUACUUAGGUCUAUUCACAGCCAAAAUCCAAGGAAGUCAAAAUAACCAAUGGGGAAUAACAUCCCUCUCUGUUUCAGCAAGUAAAAUUGUUCCUAUACCAUCGAAUCCGUGUUGCUUUUUAAAAAAUCAAGCACAAGAUGAAUUCAUGCAAGAAAGUUUACCCUUGCCAACCUCAGGGAGCGAACACUUCUCAGGAGUGAAUCAAAGUCAGCUAAUGAAAAAUUCUUCUGGUGAAGACCCUUCUGUUAAAUUGGCCAUGCCUGGUUUCAGAAGAUUGGAGCAGAAAAGGAAAACAGUGAAAAACAAGGGAACCUCUUCAAUAUUGAGAUUUUUUAAGAACCAAGAUCCAUCUUCCUCUCCGAAAAAGCUAGAACAUGUAGAAAAUACUGAAGAUGCUAAAGCACUGCUAUCUGUUGGUAAGUUCAGUGUCCUCCGGCUAUCUGUUUUUAAUGUUAAGAGUUUUUGUACAGGCCCUCAGUCUAGAAGUGAUAAUUAUUUGGAUCAUAAUCAAUCUGAGUUGCCAAAAGAAAGGCCUUUCGAAGAAACUGGGACUUCUAGUGCACCUAGUUCAUCUCAAUUUGAACAAAGAAGGGGAGUAUGGAGUUACAAUAAUGACGAGAUUGACCCCUCUGUCAUUGAUGAGUUACCACCAGAAAUUCAACAAGAAGUUCGUGCCUGGCUCAGGCCUCACAAGCGGCAAAAUGUAGCGAAACAGGGUUCUAGUAUUGCCUCUCCCUUAUUGGGAGAUAAGGGAGAGGAUCCUCUCCUGAGCUCAUUCCCCUCCUGAGCUACCUGAGCUUUUCAUUAGAUUCCAACACGUGGAUAUAAUAAAUCUAAUGGUUUACAAACUAUUCUUGUCUGUCUUUUUUCAUAUGUUCAUGGCUUCAUUCACUCCUGCUGA